GUAAGCUUGACAUACAAAAAAAAACAUAAAACGUUAUAAACGUUAAAUUAUAAUUAAUUGACUUAAAAUACCAAAAUGAGUUUCCUCGACAAGUUACAAAAUCAGAAGAACAAAUUAAAAGGCACGGAAACUAUAGUGACUACGGUGGACGGCCAGCGAUACGUCGAGAAGGGAUCAGAAGUGACCGCCAUUUGUCCCAACACAUACGGAUUUGUGGUUGACACGAAACCAGACAAUAUACCCAUAUUGGUCUCAGAUUACUUGUACAUAGGAUCCCAAGAUUGUGCUGUAAACAGCGUGAUAGAGGCUUACAACAUAAAACAUGUCUUAAGUCUAGGUAUUAAAGUCGACGUUGUUGUGAACAAUAAGUUUAUAAAUUGCUUAGAUGUGCCUGAAACUAAAAUCAAAGAUUUAUUAACAGAAUGUUUGCCGUUUAUUUGGAGGUGUGUAACAUCUAAAGAAUAUAUUCUCGUGCAUUGUAAUGCAGGCGUAUCAAGGACCUCAACGGUCGCUAUCGCGUAUUUAAUACAUUAUAAGAGAAUGACGUUUCAAGAAGCUUAUGAUAUUGUGAAGAGUAAGAGGCCUGCGAUACAACCAAAUGCUGGGUUUAGGAAGCAACUCGAAGCACUAACCCCUGGAAAUGUUAUAUAAACUCACUCAAUUAUCAUAAGUCCAAUAUUGCAAAACAUUCUUAAUAUUUAGGUGUUUCAUCAUGGUAUUGAAUUAGGUAAAAGUGUUAAUUUUGGGUUACUAAUGUAGAUACAGUUAUAAAUACAAUCAAUUGUUCAAAAAGCGC